AAUUCUUCUUUUCCUUACUCCCGACACUUCACGUCUCUCUCUCUGUCUCUCUCGGACAGCAAUUUCUCUCUGCUGCUUUUUCUACUAAAAUUCCAGCUCGAACACGUACCCAACACCCUUUACUCAGUUCACGACCAUCUCGUCUCUCUAUCUCUGAACUCGGCAAACCCUUUUUUAUUACUCCCUGCAAUGCCUCGCUUGCUAGAUCCACCAUUUUAAGCUGAGCGCGCUCUUCACAACCAUCCCAAAAUGGGCGUUCUUAGUGAGUCUUGGUGUUUCUGCAAAGGCGUGGGCAAGUCCGAGAGAAUGAGAGCCGCCAUUUUCUCUAGCAAAGCCUCCGCCAUGGCCGGAAUCUCCGGAACCGGUACCGGGUUCUUGAUCCACCGCAAUCUGCUGCUGACAACCCACGCUAAUAUUCCGUCGGUGGCAGCUGCCGAGAGUUCCGAGAUCCGGCUCCAGAACAGUGUCUCCGCGAUUCUUGUUCCUCAUAGGUUUUUUAUUACCAGCUCAGUUUUAGAUCUGACAAUCGUGGGUUUAGAUGCCAUGGAUGGAGACUCAAAUGCCCAGGGGCAGCAGCCUCACUACUUGAAAACCUGUUCUAAACCAAACCUGGAUCUUGGAAGUGUAGUUUACCUCUUGGGCUACACAGAGAAAAGGGAAUUAACAGUUGGUGAAGGGAAGGUGGUGAUUGCCACUGACAAUCUCAUAAAACUGUCAACGGAUGGAGUAAUAUGGAGUCCUGGGUCUGCUGGAUUCGAUGUACAAGGCAAUCUUGCAUUCAUGAUCUGUGAUCCUAUGAAACUAGCCACAUCUCCAAAUGCCAAGUCCUCUUCAACUUCGUCAUCAUCCACGUCAUCUUGGAAGAAAGAUCUUCCUAUGCAAUUUGGCAUCCCUAUCCCCAUUGUCUGUGAUUGGUUAAACCAGCAUUGGGAAGGCAGUCUUGAUGAACUUAACAAACCAAAGUUGCCAAUCAUUCGAUUGAUGUCUGCAAGCCAGAAGAGUGAGCAUUCUUGUGCUUCAUUCACACUGCGUCAAGUUUUUAAGUCAACAGAAGCUGAUUGUGAUGGAACCCCAUCUUCAUCAAAUACAUUCUCAAAAGCCAGGGAUCAGCCUGUGCCAAUCCGAUCUGCUACAACAAACAAUGUUGAAGGGGAAACCCUGAAAAAUGAUAUGCAUGCAAUCCAUGUGCAGGGAAUUCCAACUCCAGAAAUUUAUGAAUCACCAAAGUUAACUUCAGUUCCUCUUAGGAAGAAGGAAAGUGCACAAAUCCAACUUUUGGAUAUUAAUUUCCCUCCAAAGGUUGCCAGAGCAGGAUUACUGCUUCCGCCAGCCAAACAACCGCCCAUUUGCUCUGAUGAGAAUUAUAUCAAGCAACUUCCUCCACAUAGUUUAUUAAGAGAAGACCAUAUCAAGGAUAAAGUAGUCAUGAGUCCUGGUGCUGAUGCCGAGAUUGCCUCAACAGGUUCUGUAAAUGGGGCACAAAGUGAGGUUCAGUCCAGCUCAUCUCCAAUAGAAGUCUCAGAAAUGCAGAAUGGGUAUAGCAGUGAGGGUGAGACUAUGUACUCUGCAGAAACUGCUGAGAGUAGAAAUUAUACGAUUCCUAGAGAGGGAAAGUUUCAGCAAGUGGGAAGGAGCCAGAGUUGUGUAAAUUACAAUAGAUCAGGGAUUGUCCAAAGGAACUCGGUGGCCCGUAGGGCACUGCUAGAGAAGCAUAGGAGCUUCAUCCACGGAAGGAAGAUGUAUUCACAAGCAGCAACUUCUCAAAGGAGUAACGACUACUUCAGCCCAACUGUAUCAUCAAUCAUGAAGAAGCGGAACAAUUUUGAGCAGCAGAACAACUUAGAGCCGCCCAACAGACCCCGGCAAAGUGCUGUUCAUUCUUCUCCAAGAUGGAUGUUUUAAUUCAUUCUUGACUAGUGUGAUACCCAAAAAUGGGUCAACAAAAUUAUAGCUUUUUAAGCGUUUAAAUUGAUGCCCAUUUGAUCUUCCACUUUGGUAUAUACUGUAACUCAUUUGUUGUGACUGUGCAUAGACCUAUUUGAGGUGAAUAAAAAUUUCAGCCAUGUUACUAGUCC